AUGCCAGAAGACAAAACAAAGUUAUCGGUUCCAUCUGCAAAUAAAACGCGAUCGCUAUCCGCUUCUCCUCGCGCGCGCACCUCAAGCGCAGUAGUUCCGACAUCAAUAACCAAGGCAAAGAGCGAAACUUCAUUAGACACCCAAGAGGGCGAAAAGAAGUUGUCUGUUCCUACGAGCAAUCCGAAACGAUUGUCGCUCACGCCUAAGGUUAGGUCACAGAUCCAGACCAAGUCCGUAAAGUCGCUGGCAACUCGUUCUCAGGCAAAAAUGAGCAACGACAUUGCAAUUGCAGCCCUCGCGCGGUUCAUAACGGUGUCCGACCGCAUGAGCAAUUUCAGAGCGACCAUAGAAACUCCAGGGCCGUCAGCUCCGUCCGUCCACACCUGCAAAGUCCGUAAGGAACAAGUACGCUCACUCUGGGAAAAGGCCGAAAAAGAAUUCGAAGCGUGUUUAGACACGAUUUUCAGCAUUACGACUGAAGGAGCGGAGGAGAUUCUGGCGACUCUGCAUCGAAAGUAUGAAUAUUGCUAUUCGGUGUAUGAGGAGCUAUCAGUUCAUCUCAGCGAGCUGAUGGACCAAGCCACUCCGCAGCAGUCGACAGCGAGCACCACUAAUCAGUCCGCUUACAUCUCGUCUGGGUGCCGGUUACCACCAUGCGAUACAGAAGUAUUCGAAGGAGAUUACCUAAAAUGGCCAACAUUUAGGGACCUUUUUACAGCAGUCUAUGUCAACAAUCCUAGGUUGACACCGGUCGAAAAGCUUUUCCAUCUCAAUGCUAAAACUAGCGGCGAGGCUAAGGCAAUCGUAGCCAAGUCCCCUCUCACAAAUGAGGGUUUCGACUCAGCAUGGGCAGCGCUUCGAGACCGUUUCGAAAAUAAAAGACUGCUAGUAAACAGCCAACUCAAGCUCCUUUUUAACUUGGCGUCCGUCAGUUCCGAAUCAGGCCAGGCUCUGAAAGAUCUUCAGAGCACAAUCCAAGGGUGUUUGGUCGCUCUGGCUCAUUCCAAAAUUUCCACAGAGAAUUGGGACUGUCUCCUAGUAUUCCUGUGCGCCAGUAGAUUACCGAAACUGACUCUAUCCUUAUGGGAGCAGUCCCUUUCAUCGAAGUCCGACAUUCCGACUUGGGAUGAGAUGAACACGUUUCUUGGUGACCGAUACCGAACGCUAGAGGCGAUUGAGGACAUGAAACCAAGUCACAGCAAUCACUCUACCACUAAGAGUCAACCCGUCUCCAGGAGGCUCAACUCCUUCGAAGCUAAAGUGGUUUCCAAACCGAAGAAUUGCGAUCUGUGCUCAAAGGAGAAUCAUCCAGUCCGCUUAUGCCAGCGUUUUCUCCAGAUGUCUGUCGAUGCGCGGACCAACUACAUCAAGAAGAAACAGCUGGGCCUAAAUUGUUUCGCGAGAGGCCAUCAGCUACGUGAAUGUACGAGCACUCACAGCUGUUUCACAUGUCGAGCUCGGCAUCAUACGUUGCUCCAUAAAGGCAACCCCAAUUCCAGUGGGUCAACUACGGGAAAUAUUUCUUUUGCAAGCCCACAAAAUCCAACUGUACAGAGGGCCGCCAACGCUUCAGAAAAUCUGCCCGGUGUGCAGAAUUAUUUCGCAACCGGUGCCAGAGCGGUUUUACUAGGUACGGCCAUCAUUGACAUUUGCCACUUGGGUACGAACUACAGGGCUCGCGCUCUAAUAGACUCGGGUUCUGAGGCUACGUUUAUUACGGAACGCCUGUUCAAUUUAAUUAAGCUGCCAUUCCGCCUCAUCCAAGUCCAAGUUUCGGGCUUAAAUAAGACCAUUUCCGCUCAGGCGACCAGGCUCUGCCAUUUUUCGAUUCGAGCUCCUAAUAAGCCAGGCCUUCAGCUAGAAACCGCAGCUUACGUUCUGCCUGAAUUGGCCGGAACGCUACCGUCCUAUCCAAUCCCACGAGAUGCGCUGAGUGAUUUACCUGCUAUCCCCCUGGCAGAUCCUACAUUUCUUGAGAGCUCCCAGAUAGAUGUUCUGAUCGGAGCCGACAUGUUACCAUCCGUUCUGCUGAACGGCAUGCGCACAAACAUUUGUGGCUCUCUUCUAGGUCAAGAAACUAUUUUUGGCUGGGUGCUUACCGGCCCAGUUUCAAGUACAUCUAGUCAGAAUCGAGUAUCCGCUUUCACGACCCAGAUAACCGAAACGGGUGACAGAGUCUUAGAAAAACUUCUCACUAAGUUUUGGGAGGUGGAGAAUAUACCCACUAAAAGGGUAAAGGACUCCGAUUCCUAUUGCGAAAACAAUUUUCUCCAAACGACCACUAGAGACGCAAGCGGGAGAUACGUAGUAUCUUUACCAUUUCGCGAGCCUGAAAAUCUCGGGUCCCAAUUGGGGCACUCGCGAUCCAGUGCCCUAGCUCAGUUUCUUAGAAACGAAAACCGUUUGAAGAGAGACUUUCCAUUAAAAGAGCAGUAUGACUCAGUCAUUCAAGAGUAUUUGGAUCUGGGUCACAUGAGAGAAAUUCCCCCGUCGUACGAUUCUCCAAACUAUUACCUGCCACACCACGCGGUGAUCAAACCCGAGAGCACUACCACCAAACUUCGCGUGGUAUUCAAUGCUUCUAGCCCUUCAUCCAAUGGGACAAGCUUGAACGACAUUCUUCAUGCUGGUCCAGUCCUACAAUCUGAUUUAACCAUUCAGAUAUUGAAGUGGCGUUAUUUCCAGUACGUGUUCAGCGCAGAUAUCACCAAGAUGUACCGUCAAAUCUGGGUCGAUCCCAAACAUACGCCGUUCCAGAGAAUCUUAUUCCGGAAUAAAGAAGGACAAGUAAGCGAUUUCGAGUUAAAAACAGUCACCUUUGGUGUUAACUGUGCACCAUUUCUGGCACUCCGCGUACUCCAACAAUUGGCAGACGACGUAGAAAAGGACUUCCCUGCAGCAAGCAAUAUUAUUCGUCACUUUAUGUACGUAGACGACGUUCUGGCAGGGACCACUUCCAUACAAGAGGCUCGACUGGCAAUCAGCGAACUUCGCCACGCUUUCAGCAGCGCCAGGUUCCCAUUGAGAAAGUGGACGGCCAACCAGAAGAGCAUACUCGAAGACAUCCCAAACGAGCAUCUACUCCACGAAGACUUUCGCGAUCUUCAUUCCGAAAGCUUUGCCAAAACACUGGGCGUUCGGUGGAAUGCGACCUCGGACGAGUUCUGUUUUGUUCCACCGCUAGUGUCGAUUAAAUCCACUCAUACGAAGAGAGAGGUUCUUUCCCAAAUUGCGAAGCUUUUUGACCCAGCCGGAUGGCUGUCUCCGUUUAUUGUCCGCUCAAAAAUCUUUAUGCAAGAAAUUUGGUUGCAGGAGUUGGGCUGGGAUGAAAACAUCCCCACAGAAAUGGAUCAAAGAUGGCAAGAUUUUUUGCGCAGCUAUUCCGAGCUUGAGCAGAUCCGCAUUCCAAGCUGGGUUGGUUUCCAGCCAGGAGUGAAGGUAGAGCAUCACGGGUUUUGUGAUGCGUCUCAGAAGGCCUAUGGGGCCGCUAUAUACUUACGGGUGGAAGUAGGCCACAACAUUAUGACACGUCUGCUUACCGCCAAAACCCGAGUCGCCCCUGUUAAAACGGUGUCCCUUCCACGGCUCGAGCUGUGUGGGGCAUUGCUGUUGUCAGAGAUGACUGCAGCUAUCCUUCCGAACAUGCCAAUUUCCAAUUCCGACAUUUUCUGCUGGACCGAUUCCACCAUCGUCCUCGCAUGGUUGAGCAAGCCGGCAUGCCACUGGACCACGUUUGUCGCCAACCGGGUGACAAAAAUUACUCAGGUGACGAGCGCUGAGCAUUGGGCGCAUGUGCGAUCCGAGCACAAUUCCGCGGACCUGGCCAGUCGAGGCGUUUCGCUGCGGGAGCUGGUUCAUAGCCAACUCUGGUGGGAAGGACCGGACUGGUUGCAACAGCCGAAGGACAUGUGGCCAACACGGGAGCUAGGACCUCCAGUCACAGACAUAGAGCAGCGUGCUGUGAAGGUCAAUUUCGCCAAGGCCCCAUCCGAAGUUUUUUUGGAACGUUUCUCCGCGUUGGACAAGGCUCUGCGGGUCCUUGCGUACGUAAUACGGUUCACUCAACGCUGCCGCAAGAUGCCGAGGGACGCUGCUGAGCGACCCACCAAGGAAGAGGUCCAAGAAGCUGAAAGAGUCCUUAUUCGAAAUGCUCAGCGGGGAGAAUAUACCCAAGAGCUCAAAGUCCUAAACGAUAAGCGUCCGAUUCCAGUUUCCAGCCCGACAGCCAACCUGUUUCCAUUUCAAGACCAACAAGGCCUGUUAAGGGCAUGUGGGCGCAUUACGGCCUCAACGGCCCUCCAGUACGACGAGCGGCAUCCUAUUAUACUGCCAUACAACUGUCGGUUAGCUCGUCUUCUCGUCCUUUUUUCACACCAGAUUUCCCUGCAUGGCGGCAACCAACUAGUAGUACGCCUCAUCCGAUCGAAGUAUUGGAUUCCUAAAAUCAAAAAUCUGGUAAAAGCUGUGCUGAGCUCCUGUAAGGUGUGUACUAUUUACAGGAAGAGAGUCCAGACGCAAUUGAUGGGCGAUCUCCCGACCGAUCGAGUUUCCUUUUCCAGGCCAUUCACAUAUACGGGCAUGGAUUAUGCAGGCCCGUUUGAAAUCAAAAACUAUACUGGCAGAGCAUGCCUUAUUACCAAGGGAUAUGUUUGCGUGUUUGUGUGUUUUUCCACGAAGGCUAUCCAUUUAGAGCCUACGUCCGACCUGACAACGGAGAAGUUCCUCGCAGCAUUUGCCCGAUUCGUCGCAAGAAGAGGUUGUCCUCAGCGAGUCCAUUCGGAUAAUGGCAAAACCUUUGUGGGGGCAGCGACUCUACUUUCUAGAGAUUUCAUGCAGACGAUCAAGGAGUCUGUAGCUGGAACCUAUAGCCAUCAGGGACUUGUGUGGCGGUUCAUUCCACCAGGGGCUCCACAUAUGGGAGGAUUGUGGGAGGCUGGAGUAAAGAGCUUCAAGGCACUCUUUUACAAGUCGACGUCAAGUCGGAAGUACACGUUUGAAGAGUUCGCCACGCUUCUCGCCAAAGUUGAAGCCUGCCUUAAUUCCAGGCCGCUGUCUCCCAUGUCCGAAAAUCCAUCUGAGUUAUUGGCAUUGACGCCAGGCCACUUUCUGAUUGGGGGACCUUUGCUUUCAACAGCUGAGCCUGAAAUUAAGGGCGAUGCUCAGUCGAUUAUAAAUCGCUGGCAGCACUUAAAGGCCCUACAUCAGCAGUUCAGUGCGCGAUGGAAGGAGGAGUACUUAAAGGAACUUCACAAGCGCAAUAAGUGGCAGACUCCUUCCAGGGAUAUCCAAGUCGAUGACAUGGUGGUCGUCAAAGAAGACAACAUGCCGUCAAACGAAUGGCGGCUCGGCAGAGUUGUAUCUGUUCUUCCAGGAGCCGAUAGUAGAGUUCGCGUAGUUGAGAUCCGUACUGCUCGAGGGACUAUAACACGUCCCAUCCACAAACUAGUACUUCUUCCUAUGGAGGACAAGGCAACCUCCGCCUUUCCAAAAUAA